AUGAUACUAUCGAAAUUCCCCACGAAACUACCAAACUUACUUGCAUUCAAAACGACCCCCACAAACCACAGCUACGUAACCCCACUAAGAAGUUUUACAACAAGCACUCGUAUCUUUCAAACCCCACUCGAACUAUAUACCAAACGAGUACAACAAGGUAAGUUACGAGAUGACCCAUACCAACACAAAAUCAUCUCUUCAUUAUCGCAAUUACAUGAACUGUUGAACACAUACCAGCCACCCAAAGUCGAAAUUCCAACGUAUCAAGAUUUGAAACCAAAAUUUUCCCUCAUAAAGACAUUUUCAUCAUUUUUCGGCCGCAAUGGUGGCAGUUCAGGCUCCACCACCGGUGCUUCCGAUUAUGAUUUUGGCAACGACGGUACGGGUGUCAAGGGUAUCUAUCUAUAUGGGGAUGUCGGGUGUGGGAAAACCAUGUUGAUGGAUCUUUUUUACCAAACAGUGCCACCACACUUGAACAAGAAACGUGUUCAUUUCCAUCAGUUUAUGCAAAACUUGCACAAGCGUACACAUCAAUUGAAAAUAAAGUACAGUUCCAAGCUGAGCUCGGGCGAAGAACAUGAUGAUAUUGAUGUGAUUCCUAUAUUGGCAGCUGAAAUUGCUCGUGAUUCUACUAUUUUGUGUUUUGAUGAGUUUCAAGUGACCGAUGUUGCUGAUGCCAUGCUGUUGCGACGUUUAUUAAUGAUGUUGUUGUCGCCAGACUUUGGAGUUGUUUUGUUUGCCACGAGUAAUCGCGCUCCCGAUGACUUGUACUUGAACGGUAUUCAACGAGUCAGUUUUAUCCCUUGUAUUCAAUUGAUUAAACAUAAAUGUCGAGUCAUUUAUUUGAACUCGCCAACCGAUUAUAGGAAAGUGCCUAAACCCAUUAGUUCGGUGUAUUACUCGCCCAAACCAGGAGUGAAAUGGGACUCCAGGGUCAAUCGUGCCAAUUGUGCCAAGCAUGUUGCUCAAUGGUAUGAAUAUUUCAAUGACGGUAAUACUUCGUGUCAGGAUCAAUUGACUGAUUUUGAUCUUGAAGUAUGGGGGAGAAAAAUCCCCAUCCCGUUAUGUUCACCGCCCAAUGUGGCCCAAUUUACAUUUUUUGAAUUAUGUGGAACCCCAAGGUCAGCAGGUGAUUAUCUAACGUUGGCUGAGCUGUUUCAUUCAUUUAUGAUCACAGAUAUCCCAUAUCUUAGUAUCGACGCUAGAAAUGAAGUGCGUCGUUUUAUUACGUUUUUGGAUGCAGUUUAUGAUUCCCAUGGUCGGUUGGCUGUUACUUGUGCUGCUCCAUUCAAGGAUUUGUUUGUAGAACCAGAAGACUUGGCAGAGGGAAAUUAUCAAUUGUACAAACGACAAAAGGAUAAAGGUGUUGAAGAAACAUUUGAAGACGACGAGUUGGUGACAAAGCAUGGAUUUGAUAAAUCGAUUGCGAAAAAGGCAAAUAUGUUUGCCAAUGAUGAAGAACGAUUUGCAUUUGCUAGAGCUUUGAGUCGGUUGUCCCAAAUGAGUACAACUGAAUGGAUAGAGCAUGGGCAGUGA